AUGCCCACAAAAAUUAUUCUCAUCGAUUUUCAAAGUCAUCACCAUGAUGAAUCGACAAAUACAAAUAAUUAUUCUUCUGAAUUUAAUUUGCAACAAAUGUUACGGAAUGAAAUGAUGAAGAAAUCACAAGAACGAACAAAUUUGCUCUAUUCAAAAUUAAUGAUUUUAAAGCAGAUUAGACACUCGAAUGUUCCAUUUGUUCCGAGUAGAAAACCAUUCGAUUUUGGUUUGGAUAGAGAUGUUGCCCUUGCUGUGGUCAGUAAACAUGGAAGUGAUGCAUUGAAAAUUAUUCAUGAAACGUUGAGAAAUGAUAGGGAGAUUAUUUUGAAAGCCGUUUCGAAGGAUGAUUUUAUGAAUAGUGGAUAUAUUGGAAAGACAUUGAGAAGAGAUCGAAAAUUUGUCAAGGAAUUAGUUCAGGAAAAUUGGAUCUUGUUAAAAGAUAUGGAUUUGGACAUUAGGGAAGAUGAGGAAAUUUGUAGGGCUGCUCUGAAACGAAAUCCAAGAGCUAUCAGAUAUGUUCACAAUCAAGAUUUAUUGAAUAAUAGAGAAUUCAUGUUGGAAAUUGUGAAACAGUAUGGUUUAUCAUUGGAAUAUAUUGGAAAAUCACUCAAGAAUGAUAGAGAAAUUAAUUUAACUGCCCUGAAUCAAAAUCCUAAUGCAUUUCGAUUUGUGGGACAAGACUUGUUAUAUGAUAAGAAAAUUUCCAUAUUUUCCACAAAGGCCAGCUCUAUGGAAUUGCACAUUAAAUCAAUGGCUGGAAGAGAUUUGAAAGUUUAUGUGAAUCCAGAAGAUAGUUUCAGAAUGAUUCGUCUCCAGGUAGUAGAGGCAUGGGGAAAUUUGGAUGGUGUCAGAAUUGUUCACAAGUCAAAACCAAUUCCAGAGGAAGAUGAUGAAAAAACAUUGAAAGAAUUGGAGAUUAACAGCGAUUCUAAAUUGACCAUGAUAUUUAGAUUGCGUGGAGGGUAA